AUGGCGCACGCGGGCCACAGGCUGGACUACCUGGCCGGCUUCUGCUGCCCGCUGGGCGGGCUGGCGGCGGGCAAGCCGCGCGUGCUGUGCCACGACAGCGAGGUCUACCUCUCCAACGGCAGCGAGUUCCUCUACGUCUACGACCAGGAGGGCAAGGAGCUCAAGGCCGUGUACAAGUGCCCGGAGCAGGUGUGGCACGUGGAACUGCUGCCCGACCCCAAGCAGCUCUUCAUCCUCUGCGCCCACAGCGGGAUUUACUGCGUGUCCCUGGAGGAGCCGGGCAGGUUAAUGGAGCAGACGGACAGCGACGGCCAGGAAGGCGAUCGCCCUUCUGGCGUCUUCCCGGUGGCCUCGGAGGCGUGCGUCUUCCCCGACCCCGCGCUCUGCACCUUCACGCUGCUCAACAGCUUCGUCGUCACCCUGUCGCAGGCGCAGGGCCAGUGGUGGCUGAAGCUGCACGAGCUGCCGCGGGCCGAGCAGCAGGGCGCCGGGUACCGGCAGCUCAGCGAGCUGGCGCUGGGCGCCGAGGCGGGCGCCGACGCGGCCGCGCGCUCCCUGCCCGUGCUCUGCUGCGCCUCCGCCCCCGGCGCCGCCGGCUCCGGCGAGCGCCUCUGGUGCUCGGGGGGCUUCGUGCUGGAGGAGCCGCUCUUCUCCCUGCUCUUCGGCGUCGACGCGGCCGUGCUCGAGUCCCCGAUGAUCCUGUGCGGCUUCCCCGACGGGCAGCUCUGCUCCGUGCCGCUCAAGGCGCUCAGCUCCCCGCCCGGCCAGGAGCCGCCCGUCAAGCUCCUUCACCAUUUGGAAGAGCCCAUCGUCUUCAUCGGCGCCUUGAGAACAGAGCGGAGGGCGGCGGAGGAGGAGGAGGAGGAGCAGCCGGCGGGCGGCUGCGACUGCGUGGUGGCCGUGGGCCACUCCGGCAAGAUGGUGGCGGUGAAGGCGGACGAGCGCGCGGCGGCGGCGGUGCCGGAGCUGCGGGAGUACGGGCUGCGCGGGCCCGUGCUGUGCGCCGCCUGCGGCAGCGGCAGCCGCAUGUACUACAGCACGCCCUCGGACAUCGCCGCCGUCGACCUGGAGUGCGCCGGCGAGGCCUCCGACGGCGAGGACGCGGAGGGCGCCGCGGGCGUCCUGCCCCCCGUGCUGUCUCCGGCCAGUUUAAGUAUCUGUAGUGUUGUGGCACUUUCCUUGUCUUCUCGGGCAUCAGAAGGUGAAUCCGAGCUGCUGGCCCUGUCCGCCAAGGGGCGGCUCGUGAGCUGCGACCUCUGCAGCGCCGAGGAGGCCCCGGCCACGAGCCUGACGCCCGCCGAGGCCGGCCGCAGGAUCAAGGAGCUGCUCUCCGGCAUCGGCAACACCUCCGAGAGGGUUUCCUUCCUGAAGAAGGCGGUGGACCAGAAGAACCGCGCGCUCGCCAGCCUCAACCAGGUGAUGAACGUGAGCGCGGCGCUGCUCUCCAGCCAGGACGGCCACAAGCCCAUCGCCUGCACUGUCACUGCCAACUGGAGCUGCCUCCUGCUCCAGGACACCGUCACCAUCUCCUGCGUGCUGGAGAACUGCAGCGAGUACAGCCUGGAGCAGGGCUGGACCCUGUGCGUCCAGCUCCUAGCCAGCCCCUGUGCCUUAGAGGAGGAUUCUGUGGAUUCGGGCACCACUUUCACCUUCCCCAUCGACCAGCUCCUGCCCGGCAACAAGAGGGAGCUGACGCUGCCGCUGGGCUCCGCUGCGGACACCAAGCUGGACCUGCCUCUGACCAUCUCCUGUGCCCUCUACUACAGUUUACGAGACAUCCUGGGCAGCGGCUGCGACUCCCCCGAGGCGCUGGACGACUUCUUCCCGGACGACUCGCCCAUCCUGUCCCCGGACAGGGAGGGCAUCUGCCUGCCCCUCAGCGAAUGCACCAUUGACAUGUUGCAGUGCCUGCGCCUGGAGAGCGGCCCCCGCGGGCCCGAGGCCCCUGCGCUGGCACCCGCGCCCCCCGCCGCCCCGGAGCCCGUGGAGACCUUCCUGCAAGUGGCCCGGGAGCAGACGGAGCCCAGCACGGGCAAGGACGGCGAGCCGGGAGACGGGGACCUGCCUCCGUCAGCGGCCUCCAUCAGGGUGUCCUCGGAGCUGCUGAAAAACGCACUGAAAAACUCCGGCUCAGGGGUGCCGCUGAGCUGUGCCACGCUGCGCUGGCUGCUGGCCGACAACGCGGCGGCCGAGGCGCUGCGCGGCGCCGAGGUGGCGGCCGUGCGCGGCGCCGCGCCGCGCGGAGGAGAGGUGCAGCUGCGCGUGCGAGAGGUGUCCAUGAACGACCUGAGCCCCGCGGGCCCCAUCCAGGCCGUGGAGAUCCUCAUGGAGAGCCCUUCCCUGGCGGACAUGUGCCGGGUGCACCACGCCGUGAUCCGGCGCAUCCAGGCGCUGGUGCUGGAGCAGGCGGCGCAGGGCAGCGGCCCCCCCGACCUGCGCAUGCAGUAUCUGCGCCAGAUCCAGGCCAACCACGAGAUGCUGCUGAAGGAGGCGCAGGCGCUGCGGGAGCGGCCGCCGCGCGGCGAGGACGGCGCCGCCGCCGAGAAGCUGCUGCACGUCUACCGGCAGCUGCGCAACCCCAGCCUGGUGGUGCUGUGAGCGGCAACGCCGCCUCUCUC